AUGCCUAUCAUCGCGAUUGCCCAUGUCGUUGAGGUCCUCAUGUUUGCCGGCGUCUUUGCAGGCACCAUCUCGGAUUAUUGCAGGAAGCACCCUGGAAGGGGUUGUGUCAACAAGCGCGAUCUCAUGACAGAGCUUGCGUCUGCUCCUAUCCUGAACGUCCGUCAAGACGUAGGCCCUUGCAAUGUCCCAAGAUACAACUUCGACAUCUGCAACGGCCAGCUCCACGAUCAGGCCAACAGGGGAAUCAGGGUUCAAACCUCGAUUCCCUCCGCUGGUGUGGGCCAAUUUGACAAUGUGCCACCGGCCUGUAUGAACCUUGCUGUGGCCUUGUCGGGCUCCUGCUCUGGCGAAGGCCCUCGCCCAACUCCUUGCGGCUCAGCCUGCCUGCAGUAUACCGGACUCUCGGACGACCAGUUCCGCCAGCUCUCCAGCUACCUCCAGAGCUAAGGCAGCUGUCUGGUCCAAGAAACACUUCUGAGUGUCUGUCCAUAGUGAGGCCGUCUGUCUUAAACUGGCCCCUUAAGAUGUGCGUGCUCUUGUGGUGGUUGGGCCUCUUAAGUGCUGAGAAAGCCCGUCCUGGCCACUUCCCAAAGUUUUGGCUUGGAACGCGCGUAUUCUUCAAUGCUUCUCUUUGGCCUUGGUUACCAUGGUCAAAGGGAAACAGUCCUUUUCUCCUUGUCAAAACAGCUGAUUUUGUUUUUCCUUUUUACAUUCGUUUGUC